AAUUCUGUGUAGAUAGGGAGUUUACCUCUAUAUAAAACCUCUGCAUCAAAUCUAAUUGUGCAUAGGCUCGUUCAGAAAAGGACACAGUCAUGAAGUAUUUCAUUCUCUUGGCCCUUUUUGCUGCAGCAUAUGCUGCUCCCAUUGAAGAUGACAAGAUUGUUGGAGGCUACGAGUGCAGGAAGAACUCUGUGCCCUACCAGGUGUCUCUGAACGUUGGCUACCACUUCUGUGGAGGCUCCCUGAUCUCCAGCACUUGGGUGGUGUCUGCUGCUCACUGCUACCAGUCAAGUAUCCAGGUGCGUCUCGGUGAGCACAACAUUGCUGUCAACGAGGGCACUGAGCAGUUCAUCAACUCUGCCAAGAUCAUCCGUCACCCUAGUUACAACAGCUACAACCUGGACAAUGACAUCAUGCUGAUCAAGCUGAGCACAUCCGCCAGCCUGAACAGCUACGUCAGGACCGUGUCCCUGCCCUCCAGUUGUGCAGGCGCUGGCUCCAGCUGUCUGAUCUCUGGAUGGGGAAACACCAGCAGCUCUGGAAGCAAUUACCCUGAUCGCCUCAUGUGCCUGGAUGCCCCCAUCCUGAGCGACAGCAGCUGCAGAAACUCCUACCCUGGACAGAUCACCUCCAACAUGUUCUGUGCUGGAUUCCUGGAGGGAGGCAAGGACUCCUGCCAGGGUGACUCUGGUGGCCCCGUGGUGUGCAGCGGUCAGCUGCAGGGUAUAGUGUCCUGGGGUUAUGGCUGUGCCCAGAGGAACCAGCCUGGAGUUUACACCAAGGUCUGCAACUACAACACCUGGAUUCGCAACACCAUGUCCUCCAACUAAAUGGAACUGAAGUCACUUCAUCCAACAUGGAUUAAAGGAAUCCACAACUAAGACAACUUCUUAAAACAAUAAAUGCUAAAUUUCA